AUGGGUUCAUUUCUAAUCCUGUGUAUGGUAACGUUUUACAACUCCGGGGGUUUGUCAGGAGGGCUAAACCGUAAGGAAGCUGAAACAACACAACUGCGAUGCGCCUUGGGAUUGAAACUGUGCAGAGACGGGUCUGAGUGCGUCCUCUACAGAAAUGUAUGCGAUGGAGAAGAGGACUGUAAGGAUGGAUCUGACGAGGAGGACUGUUCCGUGGGAUGCGAGACAGGACAGUUUCAGUGUGCUCAUGGGAAAAAAUGCAUCGACAUGAGGCAGGUGUGUGAUGGGGUGACACACUGCCAGGACCGCUCGGAUGAGACCAACUGCUGGAAUCCCACCGCGGGCUGCGCACAUCGAUGUGACAAUAAGACUCGCUGCAUUCCGGAAUCCUUCCUCUGUGAUGGUGAAAAGGACUGCCUGGAUGCCACCGACGAGGCAAGUUGUGCGGAUGAGGUCUGCAGGGAUGGCGAGUUCCGCUGUGCCAGUGGCCAGUGCAUGUCCGAAAGCCUGCGCUGUGAUGGGUAUGCCGAUUGCCCAGAUCGCUCUGACGAGAAAGGCUGUGCCAAGCCCGUGACGUGCCCUACGCAGCACCACUGCCCACACAGCCACGAGUGCCUGCUGCAGGAGUGGCUCUGCGAUGGGGAGCCCGACUGCAAAGACGGCACAGAUGAGAAGGACUGUAAGGUGUUGCAGGUAAAGUGUGGGGAGUUCCAGUGGCCUUGUGCUUCUAAGACCCAGUGUGUCCCAACGUCCUGGUGGUGUGAUGGCACUGUGGACUGUACUGAUGACAGUGAUGAAGCUGGAUGUGGGGAUGUGAAGUGCCUUUCUGGCCAGUUUCAAUGUGAGAGUGGGGAGUGCUUGGAUCCUGGCCUCGUGUGUAAUACUGUGAGUAACUGUCCUGAUGGCUCUGACGAGGGAGGGUCCUGCCUCAGCAGCAACUGCUCCAGCCCUGAUGGAUCCCGUUGUGCCCAAGACUGCUACAUCACGCCAGAGGGCACGAGGUGUACCUGCAUGGCAGGCUUCAGCAUCCAGAUGGAUAGGGUGUCCUGUGUUGACAUUGACGAAUGCAAAGAAGUUCGUCCAGGAGUCUGCAGCCACACCUGUCUCAACACCCAGGGGUCCUACGAGUGCCGCUGUCACCCUGGGUACCUGCUUGAGCCUGACGGCCACAGCUGCAAGAUCACAGGUGAGCCCAUACUACUGGUGUCAGUGGGUUAUGAGCUGCUGCUCUUCGGCCUGCGACGCUCCAACUUGGAUGUCCUCUCUAAAUCGGGCAGCAAGGUGGUCUUCUCCUUGGACUAUGAUUGGAGAGAACAGAAGGUUUUCUGGGUCAGUCAAGAUGCUGAGAGCAUCAAGUGGGUCUCUUUUGACCAGAGGAGCAAGGGAAAUAUAAUUAAAGGAAUCAAAUCAGACUGUGUUGCAGUGGAUUGGAUUGGAAGGAAUCUAUACUGGACUGAUGGGGUUGGAGGUCAGAUCCUAGCUAUUGGAAUUGACACCACAGCCUCAAAGGCUGGGAGUUACACAGUGGUUCUGGAUGAGGACCUGGAGCAGCCCAACUCCCUGGCAUUGCUGCCACAGAAAGGGCUCAUGUUCUGGUCGGAGAUUGGCAGCGAGCCUCAGAUUGAAUGUGCAGGAAUGGAUGGCUCAGACAGGAAGGUGGUGGUCAGCCAAAGUCUCAGCUGGCCAGCCAGUCUAUCUGUGGACUCAUUGGGCAAUAGGAUCUACUGGACUGAUGAGAAGCUAAAGUGUAUUGGAUCGGCUGCACUGGAUGGAAGUGACAUAAAGAUCCUGCAACUGAUGGAAACUUCCAGCCCGUUCGCUGUCACGGUUUUUAAUACCAUGAUGUAUUGGUCUGAUACCAAGAGGAGAACAAUCCAGAGGGCUCACAAGAACACAGGAAAGGACCGAAAAGUGCUGCUCAAACAACUUGGACAACCUUUUGGUCUGAAGGUCAUCCAUGAGGUCCUGCAGCCGAACACAUCAAAUCCAUGUGUUAAUCUGAACUGCUCACACUUGUGUGUGUUGGCCCCGGGUCUGAAGGGUGUUUGCCACUGUCCAUCUGGCCUCCAGCUAGCCGAGGAUGGGAUCACGUGCACUGCUCCAGCAGAGUCUGCCUUCCUGCUGCUGUUGUCCCCCAUUGCUGUCACCCAGAUCUACCUGAGGAGCAUGCACAGUGAAGUGGGACUCAAGAAGUGGCCAGAGCAUCAUGCUCUGGAGCUGCCCAAUAUGUACGAGGCCACCGCACUUGACUUCGCCCUGCGGGACCAGACCCUGUACCUUGCUGACUCUGGACAGGCCACUGUGGGCCUCUUCAAGCUGAAGGAGGCCCUGGUGCCCCGGGGCCAGGUGAUCCGACUGCAGGGGGAGACGGUGACUGCCAUGGCGUUGGACUGGGUCACUCGUAACCUGUACUGGAGUGGCAGCAAGCGUCCCCGCAUCCAGGUGACCUCCGCAGGUGGGACGCACACAGCCGUGUUGCUCCACAAGGACAUGGAGGGGCCCGUGUCCAUUGCCGUGCACCCCCCUGCAGGGCGCCUCUGCUUCGCCGACCAGGGCGAGCCAGGCAGCAAGUCCCCACCCCGGGUGGAGUGUGCCUUCAUGGACGGCCACAACCGCACGGUGAUCUGGAGGAGGGCCGUCAAGCUGACCGCGCUGACCUUCUCUGACAAGGGCACUGAGUUGUACUGGGCCGAUACUGGUGAGGCAGCAGCAAACCAAGGCUACAGCUCAUUCGUGCUCUGUGCAGAUGUCAUCAGUUUGAUCAGAGUGGCACGUGCUCUGGGAAGUGUCUGUUACGUCCCAGUCUGGGUUUUUGUGAAUUCUUUGGACUGCAAAGAUGAUGUGAACAGUCUCCUGUGUGGAUGCUUGAGUGCUAAGGAGCUGCUUGGUCUCCUUUCCCCAGACACAACCAAAGUAUGGUACGGUGACGGCCUGAAAUCCAAAACACUGUGGUUUGAGGUGAAGACUGAUAUAGUCUCUUUGAAGGCUUACAGCAAGAACAGCCAGAAGGGAACCACUGCUUGUGCAAAUGAGAACGGGGGAUGUGGGCACCUGUGCCUGCCCUUCCCAGGGGGUCGAACGUGCAUGUGCUCUUGGGACCAUCGCUCUGUCAACAUCACCGACUGCAUACCAGACCUGGCCUGCCCCCCUCACACCAAAUCAUGCUGGGAUGGAAGCAUGUGUCUCCCCCUCACCAAAUUCUGUGACCACCACCCUGACUGCUUGGACCGGUCAGAUGAGGAAUGUGUUAAAGACGAAGUGAAGCCUCCCACCAAACCCCCAUCCAUAAAGCGCCCUCCCGGUCCCCCCUCUGGGACUUCAGUUGCGACCACUCCUUCCAAGGACAGCGACAUCAUGGUGCAGGAGCUGGAGCCUCAGCCAUGUGACGACCGGCUGUGUCAUGGGCAUGGCAGGUGCGUGAGAUUUAACGGGGACGCCGCCUGCGAGUGCCUGGCUGGGUACAGUGGCGAGUUCUGCCAGGAGAGCAUCACAGAGUCCAUGCGGGUCCCGCUCACCUAUGGUGCCAUCGCCCUGGUCACCAGCAUCAUCGUCGUUGCCAUCAUCUAUGGAGUCAUCAAGAAGAGGAAGACUGCACAGAGGAGGGCAAGUGUUGCCCAGGAAACCACCCUGAUGGACAUGGAGAAACGUACAGAAGCAUCUUCUGCACAGACACUUCGCAACAACAAUUGCGACCUUGGAGAGGUAGUGGUCCUUAGAGAUGGAAUGCUUUAAAAUCCUCCUAAGUGCAGUCCAGAAAUUUACAG